AUGGCCCGAGAUGAACCCUCGCCAGCCCAAGCCGCGAAAGCCCAAGCCCUGGCUGACGGCAUCCUGACCGUCGUGGGCAUCACCCCGCCCACGCUCUCCGAAGAUGAGGUGCGCGGGGUGUGGGCCUUUCUGAUAGCAACACAGCGCGAGGGGACGACGGCCGCGACGCGCCGCCAGACUGACAGGCUCCGGGCGAUUGAUGGUUUCGAAAGUGCCGUUGGGGAUCUGAGGAUGGUCUGUAAUGAUGCUGUUUACGAAUCGGAAGUGGGCGAUACGAGGGCUGGCGACGAUGGCGGCAACCCAUGUCCCGAUAGAAUUUCAAAGACAGUACCCAAUUUCGCCAAGCUGCCAGUGAAAAUGGUGAGCGACCGGUCGUCAAAGCUCCUCAUUGAGCCAGGGGUGGUCGAGGAGCUGCUUGGGCGUCUUCCUGUCCUCGGGCCUCCAUCGGACCAUACUCCAUAUCAAGUCCUCAAAAGAGUCAUUCUUCAACUUGAGUUCGUGCUUGUGGUUGGUGCAUUCCAUGCGCAGAGCUCCUGCAAUGACAUUAACGCCCCUGUUAGCUUCUGA